AUGGGUAUCCCGGCUGCGUUCCGAUGGCUCUCGAGCAAAUACCCGAAGAUCAUCUCCCCGGUGGUAGAAGAAACACCGAAAGAAAUGGACGACGGUGUCGUCAUACCCGUCGAUACAACGGGGCCGAACCCGAACGGGGAUGAAUUCGACAACCUGUAUUUGGACAUGAACGGCAUCGUGCACCCUUGCUCUCAUCCGGAAGACCGCCCCCCGCCAGCAGAUGAAGAGGAGAUGAUGUUGGAAAUUUUCAAAUACACAGACCGGGUCGUCAAUAUGGUCCGGCCCCGCAAGUUGUUGAUGAUUGCCGUCGACGGUGUUGCACCUCGCGCCAAGAUGAAUCAGCAGCGCUCGCGUCGUUUUCGGUCCGCCCAGGAGGCAAAGGAAAAGGAAGAGGACAAGGAGGAGCUUUUGAAACUACUGAAACAGCAAAACGGUGGUAGCCUGUCUGAAGCGUCUCUCGAAGUCGUGUCAAAAAAGGCGUUCGACUCGAACUCUAUCACACCGGGUACCCCUUUCAUGGACAUUUUGGCUGCCAGCCUACGAUACUGGUGCGCCUACAAGCUGAACACAGAUCCGGGUUGGUCCAAGAUGAAAAUCAUCAUCUCGGAUGCAAGCGUGCCAGGUGAGGGUGAGCACAAAAUUAUGGACUUUGUUCGCGCUCAACGGGCGUCACCCAACCACGAUCCAAAUACUCGUCAUGUCAUCUAUGGGUUGGAUGCGGAUCUCAUCAUGCUAAGUCUCGCCACACAUGAGCCGUACUUUCGAGUUUUACGGGAGGACGUAUUUUUCCAGGACAGCAAGGCGCGUCUUUGCAAACUUUGUGGACAAAAGGGCCAUGAAGCAAGCGCAUGCAGGGGCCAGGCGAAGGAAAAAGAUGGCGAGUUUGACGAAAAAGACACCUCACACACUCAGAAGCCAUUCAUCUGGCUUCAUGUAUCUGUUUUGCGAGAAUAUCUCGCUGUCGAACUUGAUGUUCCCAAUCUUCCUUUCCGAUGGGAUUUGGAGCGUGCCAUUGACGACUGGAUUUUCUUGUGCUGUUUCGUGGGCAAUGAUUUCCUUCCUCAUCUUCCUGCGCUUGAAAUCCGCGAGAACGGCAUUAAUACACUGACGGCGCUUUGGAAAGAGAACUUACCGCUCAUGAACGGCUAUAUUACAAAAGACGGGCAUGUCGAUUUGAGACGCGCUCAAGUCAUCAUGAGCGGACUUGCCAAACAGGAGGACAGUAUUUUCCGGCGCAGAAAACAACAAGAAGAUCGAAGAGAAGAAAACAACAAACGACGCAAACUUCACCAAGAACAAGGGAAGAACCGCAACGACACUCGUAACACUGCCCGAAGCUUGGGGGGUGAUAGUGUCUUUGCAGAGGGCACCGCCGGCUUGAAUUUGCGCCCUAUUGCUACUUUCACACCCGAAACCUCAAAGACUAUUACUCACGACGUGGUCGUGAACGGUAGACCAGCAACCGAUGCGAACGUAGCGAACAAAAGCGCCGCCAGCGUUCUGAAGAGCCGCAUGCAAAAUCGUACCGCGCAAACUACGACCAAUACAAACGAUACCGCCGCAUCUACAAAUGAGAAAGACGCAGAUCAACGGACCGCCCUUGGUAAACGCAAGGCCGAUGACAUUGAAGAUAGCGUCAAGAGCACUCCACAAUCCAGUGAGACGAGUACGCCGGCCACGAAGCUGCCUGUGGAAGGGUCUGUGGAUACUGUUCGGAUGUGGGAAGAAGGAUAUGCAGACCGUUACUACGAACAGAAGUUUCAGGUCGACCCAAAAGACAUCGAGUUCCGCCACGGUGUUGCUCGCGCCUAUGUGGAAGGCCUAGCCUGGGUUCUUUUGUACUAUUUCCAGGGAUGCCCGUCUUGGGAAUGGUACUAUCCCUAUCAUUACGCACCAUUCGCUGCCGACUUUGUGGAUCUGUCCAGGCUGGAGCUUCACUUCGAGAAGGGCCGCAUCUCGAAACCAUUCGAGCAACUCAUGAGCGUUCUUCCAGCAGCCUCUCGCCAUGCCAUCCCUGAAGUUUUUCACGACCUCAUGCUGAACGAAGACAGCGAAAUCAUCGAUUUCUAUCCAGAAGAAUUCGACCUCGAUCUCAAUGGCAAAAAGUUUGCAUGGCAGGGGGUAGCACUACUACCUUUCAUUGACAUGGCACGUUUACUUGCUGCCAUAGAAAAACGGUACCCGCUUCUAAGUCCUGCAGACAAAAUCCGUAACGGUAUUGGCAAGAUUGUUAUGCUGCUGUCUGACGCAGACACGGCGUUAUACGACGAGGUGACUUCAAAUUUCUACUCGAAACGACAAGGACCACUCAAGUACAAGCUGGAUCCUCUGGUAUCUGGCGGAAUCGCCGGAAACAUCGAGAAAAUAGAUGAUUAUAUCCCACACGGCUCAUUGACCUACCCGUUGGAGCGAAAGGCCCUUCCCGACAUUGAAUAUGACAGAUCUUUAAGUGUCAACUUUGAACUGCUGUCCACGCCACACGAGCACAAGUCCAUGCUCCUACGCGGGGUUAAGCUUCCAACGCCCGUUAUCAACCGCGGCGACAAGGAGGCAUUGCUCAACAAUAGGUCUGGCCGUAAUCAUGGAGGCGGGCCGCACAAUAGCUACCAUAGCAAUAGCAACAAUGGCCGGCCGUGGCAUGAUUCGGGCGGAAGACACCAGCACAACAAUUAUGGCGGCCACCAGAACGGUCGUGAUCACCCACCGUAUCACCCGGGGAACGGCCAGAGCGGACGAGGCUCAUAUCAUGGAGCGUCAUAUCAAUCUUGGGCCCCCCCAGUACCCGGCCAAGCCGGGUUUGGUUCUGGUCGGCCCCCUCCACCGCCUUCAUCAACCCCUAUGAACUUUGGGAGGUACAAUGACGGUGAUUACAAUAAUGGUGGCUACAGUGGUCGUGGAGGCAGAUAUGUGGGUGGUUACGACAAUGGAGGUUACGGCGGCGGUAGUUACGGUAACGACAGCCACAACCAAGGUUACCAAAAUCGCUACGACUUACCCCCACCACCUGGAAGCUACAAUCAGCAGUCCUAUGGGCAGCAGUCAUAUCGCCCUCCUCCUGGCCGGGGCCAACGGCCAAGGGCGAGUGACAACCGCUCCGAGGGUUACAGCAACUCUCGCGGCGGCUACCGUAGGUGA